CCCUGCUCCCGCUCAAAUCAAUAAAUCUCACACUCUCCCCAAAACCCUCUCUCUCUCUCUCUUUCAAUUCCAAUUCCAAUUCCAAUUCCAAUUCAAAGCAAAAUGAGAGAGCACGAGACCGAGAAGCUUCGCGCGGUGGUCAGAGACUGCGUCACCAAGCACCUCUACUCGUCGGCGAUCUUCUUCGCCGACAAAGUCGCCGCCUUUACCAAGGAGCCCGCCGAUAUCUACAUGCUCGCCCAGGCCCUCUUCCUCGGCCGCCAUUACCGUCGAGCCUUCCACCUCCUCCACUCCUCCAAGAUCGUCGACCGCGACCUCCGAUUCCGUUACCUCGCCGCCAAGUGCCUCGAAGAGCUGAAGGACUGGCAUCAAUGCCUUAAUAUACUUGGUGAUGCUAAUGUGGAUGAACAUGGGAACAUCUAUGACAGAAACGAUUCUAAUCUCAUGUACUUGGAUAAAGGUGGUGAAGAUCAUGAAAUCAAUAUAGCUUCUGCAAUAUGCUUUCUACGUGGUAAGGCAUUUGAGGCUUUGGAAAACCGUGUCCAGGCGCGGAAGUGGUACAAAGCUGCAAUCAAAGCCGAUCCUUUGUGUUAUGAGGCAUUGGAAUGUCUUAUUGACAAUCAUAUGCUGACAUGUGAGGAAGAGGCAAGUCUACUUUCAUCGAUACAAUUUGGUCCUCAAGAUGGAUGGCUUUCGUCAUUUUACUCAUGCUUGAUAAAAAAGUAUGACAAAGAAAAUGUUGUAGAAGCAAACUUUGGAGAACUUGAAAAAGAGGGAUGUAACAGUAACACUUCCGAUCUUUCGUUCAUUCACACUCUGAAAACCAACACUGACCUUCUGGCGUGCAAAGCAGAAUACUACCAUCAGUGUGGUGAAUAUCAAAAAUGCUUUGAACUUACCUCUUUCCUACUUGAAAAAGACACUUUCCAUCUCAAAAGUACAUUAGUGCAUCUAGCAGCUGCGAUGGAACUUGGGAAUUCAAAUGAGCUCUAUCUUAUGGCAUGCAAUUUAGUGAAGGACUAUCCUCAAAAGGCUUUGUCAUGGUUUUCUGUUGGCUGUUACUAUUAUUGUAUCAAAAAGUAUGAUCAGUCACGCCGUUAUUUCAGUAAGGCUACCAAUGUCGACGGAAACUUUCCACCUGCAUGGAUAGGAUAUGGGAAUGCUUAUUCUGCUCAAGAUGAGGGAGAUCAAGCUAUGUCAAUUUAUCGCACUGCUGCUCGUUUGUUUCCAGGGUGUCAUUUACCAACUUUGUACAUUGGGAUGGAGUACAUGCGAACCCACAGCUACAAACUUGCUGAGCAGUUUUUGGUGCAGGCUAAGACUACUUGCCCAUUGGAUCCCCUCGUAUAUAACGAACUUGGAGUUGUUGCUUAUCAGAUGAAGGAUUAUAAAAAAGCUCUGUGGUGGUUUCAGAAAACUUUGGCACAAAUUCCUUCCCCUUUAGGUGAAAUGUGGGAACCAACUGUAGUUAAUACCGCCCAUGUAUACCGAAAAUUGAAGAUGUACAAUGAAGCUAUUUCAUACUACGAGAAAGCACUUGCAUUAUCAACAAGAAGUGUGAGUACUUAUGCAGGUCUUGCAUAUGCUUACCAUUUGCAGGAUAAUUUUACUGCAGCAAUAACACACUAUCAUAAAGCUUUGUGGAUAAAGCCAGACGACCAGUUCUGUACUGAAAUGCUGAGUUUAGCUUUAGCAGAUGAAUGCCACGGCAAUGUAGACCACAGAACUGAAUUCAGAUGAUUAAGGCUUAGGUUUGUUGCACUAGUAUCCUCUCAUAUAUUGUUGUAUUCCAUGUGAAAUAGAAAGCACAUGCCCUGGACAGAUUAACAAAUGUAAUCUUCUUUUUCCCUUCGAUAAAUUUAUUUCUUGUAUCUAGGAGUCUUCACCUGUAAUUAUUAAUAUUUUCUAAGUAAUGGAAAUCCUUAUAUGGAAGACAUUUUUAACUGUGAA